GUAAUUCACUACACGCUGCUUUUCUGUCCUCGAACCGCAAAGCAUCUUUAUUAAAAGAUUACGACUGCAAAACGAAUCUGACCAUUUCUAAGAGCUCCGGUAAAUGAUGGACAUCAUGAACACUGUUGGUUUUCACACACAGCUAACAUCCAUAAUGGAAGUGUUGGCGAAUGCAGCUGUUGUUGAAAUAGGCAAACUUUUCGAAGAUCAUUACGCUCUGUUGGGAUUAGAGAUAAAGCGAUGUACAAACGAAAACGACUCUCUGAGAAAGAAAUGUGUGUUUCUGGAGACUGAACUUCAGGCUGCACGGAGAAACACCAGCAGGAUGAACGAGACUGAAGCUUCAUUCAGCGACGGACCGACAGACACAGGACAUCCUGCAAUUGACAAUGUGUUUGGUAAGAAGUGGUGCAUGGACUUGUGGAGAGACGAGGAGUCAAACAUUUGUCAAAAUGAGGAGACGAAUCUGAGCUCUUCAGCUAACACAGUAGAGACAGUUGAUUUGUUGAAUGAAGAAGCAGAAGGGAUCCUGAUUAAGGUUGAGACGUUUGAGGAUUGCCCAAGUCAAAAUAAAACUGAAGAUAAAAGCAACAGUUUAAGUAGUACAGGACCUGCAGUGGGCAGCAAUGAGAGAUGUGAUGCUGAGAGUUCAGCAGAUUUGAUCACAUACACAAUACCUACAUGUGACCAAGUGCAAUCAAACGCACCGCAGAGACAAACUGAUAAACCAACUCCUAAUACAAGACUUUCUACACAUGGAAACAGUCCAACACAGCCUCAUUUGAUGACUGAUGAGGUUGUUUCAACCUUUACCAGUAGCGCUAAAUUCAGCAGUACACAAAACCAGACAAGCGCUUCAGGAAUUAAAAAGAUUGAAUGUAUAUUCUGUGGAAAAACCUUUAACCUUCGAAGAUGUCUGAACUUACACAUGAAGACACACACUGGACCAAAGCGUUUUGGCUGUACAAUCUGUGGCAAACGAUUUUCUAAAAAAAGAUACCUGCCAAUACACCACAGGAUCCAUACGGGUGAGAGGCCGUAUGCGUGCAUGGUCUGUGGGAAGAGUUUUGUCCAAAAGUCUUAUCUUACUAAGCAUCUCCAAACCCAUACCAGCUAAAGCAUCUCCAAAGCCAUACCAGAGUAAAUCCUUAUAGUUGUGUCAAAUGUGGUAAAAGUUACACAAACAAAUGGGCUUUUGAUAUACACCAGUGCUAAAAAAUAUGAAAGUAAAUAAUCUAAUAAUGAACAUCUAUUUUUAGCUUUAGUUUGAAAACUUCCUGUCAGUAUGUUUCUGUUACAACAGCAGUGUUGACUACCUAUGAGGCUUUUUAUAGGCCUACCAGGAUAAGAAACAUUUUGUUUUGUUUCUUAAAUAUAAGUUUACACUGUUGUUAUUUUUCACUAAAGUUUUUAUUUGAAGAAAAUGUUACAGUUAUACAGUUAUACAGUAGCCUGUAUAUCACAAAUAUAUAUCAGAAAUAUAAUAAAAAAGUAACUAAAAAUAAUUCAAUAAAUAUAUUUUUAAAAUUAUUGUUAUGGCACAUUUCUAAGUGUUAUUAUUAUUAUAUCUGUGAUCCGAUCACUAAGUAAAAAGCAUGUAUACAUCAUAGUAUUUUUUUUUUCCGCUCAUUUAUACUUUUGGGUUGACAGGUUCUAAGUCUGAAGAUAUUUGUACCUACACAUCCCUCCCAGCCAACACAUGAUGAACCAGUUACACAAGUUAUUUGUCAUUUUUGAUCUUAUUCACUGGCAACGUAACUGUAAUGUCCCAGGCAUGCAAUUUCAUUAACGUUAAAGUGAAGUACUAAUUCACAUCACCUUUACUAUCUCCUAACAUUGCAAGAUAACCAAGGAUGGUCUAGUUAUGUAAUAUUUACGUACUAUUCUCAUCAUGAAUGUUACUGGUAUGAGUGAUGAGUGCUUGCAAACUUUUUUUUACAAAUAUUUCCCUGUCACUGAAUAAAUAUACUUUUGUUUUUCUUCUCUUAAAAUAAAUAUUUUUAUAUUUUGUGAUUGAAUCAUAAU